AUGCGAAAGUUGGAAUGGGACGACAUGGGAGUGAAGCAUCAGCCAAGCGGAACGAAUCCAGAUGGAAUUCAACGAAACAUAUGGAUGCAUCGGUCUUCAGUUGAAUCUACAAAAGACGAUGUUCAUGCGGAACGGAUGGGUCUUGGAUGCCCCAUUCACGCUCAAUGGAACGAACAUAUCCGAUGCACCAGCUACGUUUAUCUGGGACGGGAAUUGGAAAUGAUGAACAACCUGACUCCCGAGUUGGACAGGAGGAGAAGAGCGGCUUGGGGAGCGUACAAGAGCAUCGAGGAUGUAGUGAAGAAGAUCAGGAACCCCUGGUUCCGUGCUCACCUCUUCAACACCACCGUACUUCCUGCUCUGACCUAUGCUUCGGAAACCUGGGCAUUUCGCAAGCAGGAAGAAAACGCGGUGAGCGUCAUUGAACGCGCAAUUGAGAGAGUGAUGCUAGGAGUAUCCCGUUUCACACAAGUAAGGGACGGGAUUCGAAGUUCUCUCCUACGUCAGCGAUCGAAGAUUGGAGACGCCGCCGCGUUUGCCAAGGAAAGUAACAUAAGGUGGGCCGGACACGUGAUGCGUUUUAACAACAACCGUUGGACCAGAGCCGUGAGCGACUGGGUUGCUCUUCUGGAUAUUAAGCGCACUAUAAGAAGACCGCCGAUCAGUGGUCAGAUUUUUUCACGAAGUCCAUCAAAGAAAAUUAUGAUGCUCUUCGUGUCCGCGAAAGGAGGAACCACUGGGCGACUCUGGCACGCGAUCGAGAAAAAUGGAAGAAUUACUGGCGCUCGCUCGACCAGUUCGAAAAUCAACGGGAGUCAAGGUGAUCAAGAGGAAAACAAUGCAGUGGAAAAUCUCACGGGCUUUGUGCUGAUUUCAGUGUACGCCGCAGGCUCUGCUGCACAACCUCACACUCCACAAACGCCUCAGCCACCGUAUACUCCUAACGGGUCACGAUUUCCCCAGCCAACACCCUCUCCACACUACACACCCGACAUGCGAUCGCCACCGCUGAUGUCGCCCACACAAGCACCAAUACUUCCACAAGCCGGCAUGCCGCGUCCGAUGAGCAACGGAGAAAUGGUUACACAACCUAUGCGAAUGGUGCCGACUCCUCAACAACCUGUGAUCCCCAGUCAGUUCUUCACCUACGAGCCGAACGUGUUAAUGAGUGUGCAUCCGGAAAUCUGCUUGGCUGGCUGCGUUCUGCAUAUGUUUGACAUGGAUAGAAUGUUCACGGACAAGCUUGAUCUGCCAAAUAUAGUUCUAGCGAUCAGAAUGCAUGGCGGAGACAUAGAAUUUGGAGCGAAGGCUUAUGCUGAAAGAGCUGGAGCGAUAACUCAUGUCAUCGUGGAGUCAAUUCGAACACAGCAUGCUCAUCUGGCGUUAAAAGAUCGCAAGCGACUAGUUACGAUGCAGUGGUUGGUUGAUGUGUUGAUGAAAAAACAAAUGGAUGUCCCGUGGAGGCACGCUCAUUUGCCGUCUGUUUUCAUCGAUGGAUGCCGUCCAUUGCUGGGGAAGUUGGUCUCGUUCUCUGGUUUUGAUGAGGGUGAAAGAGCAGCAAUGAAAUUCAUGGUGGAAACAAUGGGAGCUAAAUUCACGCCAUACCUGAGCCGUCACAACAAUCUCCUCAUUGCUAAAGCUCCUGGAGUAGAAAAAGUUGAAAAAGCUCGAGAAUGGGAAAUUCCUGUUGUUAACUACCAAUGGCUCGCGGAUAAUUAUGCUGGACAACGAGUGGAAGUUGAUAAUCAACGAUAUCAGUUGGGCCAACCGUGUGAGGGAGUAUCACCAGGUCCAUACGCCCUCGAAAUGAUUAACGAUCAGUUUAAACAAUUACUUCUUGCGUGGAAGAUGCCGAUUAUUGUUUCACCCGAGCAGUGGCGUCGUUCAUUUGACACGAAACAAACAGUCGAGAACGACGAAGGGGUGUUUCCGAACAAAAAAUUGCGAUCUCAGUCGGCUCCUCCGAGCGAAGCAGAGAUUGCAGCCAAAGUUGAGGAACGCAAAAAAUCCGGCGGCACCCAUCCUGAAUACGUGGUCGCGUUCUCUGGCAUAGAUGAGGAGAACAAACAUGUGCUGACCCAAAAACUUCGAUUUCUCGGCGGCCGUGCUUGCGAAGAGAUCGCAGAAUGCACACAUCUUGUCACAACAAAUGGACGCCGCACAGAAAAGCUCCUGGAAGCGAUUUGUCUCGGAAGAAAUAUCGUGAAUCCGUACUGGAUAGUGCAUGGAUACGAGUGUCGGCAGUGGAUGGACACCCUUGACUAUUUCUUGCACGACGAAGAUCAGGAGCGACACCUCGGAUACAACUGCAAGCGCAGCGUGGUUCGAGCGAGACAUAGGAAACUGUUUGAGGACGUCCAAUUCUACAUCACUCCUUCGGUGGAACCGAGCCGGACAAUGCUGACGAGGUUGAUCCGACUUGCUGGCGGCACCGUUCACGAGGAUCGGCCUGCACCUGCCGAUAUAGCUCGAUGUAUUGAAACUGAUGCUCCCUACAUCGUGAUAAGCUGUGAAUGCGAUCUACGGAUGGUGCAGUACUUGCUCGAGUGCAAUUUCCCUGUGUACAACACUGAUUUCGUGCUAAUCGCUCUUCUGAGGCAAGAAUUGGAACCGCAUCCACUGUAUCGAGUAAACACUGCAUCCUUAACGCGACCUUCUGCACCCCAACCGCCACCUGGCCAUCAACAGUUCCGACCGAUGCCUCCUCGAUCAGUAGUCGAACAGCAACCACAGCCACACAGAGUCAAAGCCUAA